UUAUCUGUCAAAUCUCAUUUGUCACAUCUGUCAAAAAAAGAAAAUUUGUGAUUCGAACUCUACAUUAUUUUUCAUUAAUUUAAAUCGUAAAUAAUUCAAUAAAUUACAAUGUCUGACGAGAAAAAUGACCAGCCGAAGGUGGUGGAUUCCGAAUUGGAUGACCUAUUAGAUAGUGCCCUAGAAGACAUGAAGAAGCGGCAAGGAGACGGCCAAGCCAACCCCGACGCGGCCGGUGCUGACGGAGAAGCACCACAAAUGUGGAACGAGGAGUUUAUCAAGGAAGCCGCUGCACAGUUUGAAAGCAAUAUGGCAGCGAUACUAGGCAGCUUUAGCGGUGUACCCGAGGAUCAGAUAACCCAAGAUCAAAUAGCGCAAACUUUUUCAAAAAUGGCUGAAGCGGCAGCCCAAGUACUGAAGGCCCCAGCCCCGGGCGACGCGCCGGCCGUGGAGGCUGACCCCAGUGCUGGGAACAGAGUUGCUACUGCUGAGGAGGUGAACGCGGCGAUCUCACAAACACUCCAGAACCUCAACACCAAUGCUGAGAGUCUACAGAACCCAUUCUCUGACCAGGACAUAGCCAAUAUGUUUAGCAACUUCAACUUGGCUGGCGAAGAGGGACAGGAAGGCAACAUGUUCGUCCCGUUCAUGCAGGGCAUGAUGCAGUCUCUCCUCUCCAAGGAGGUUCUCUAUCCGUCCCUGAAGGAGCUGGUUGAAAAGUACCCGGCCUGGCUGGAGGAGAACAAGGGGAAGAUUGACCAGGACGAGUAUGAACGAUUCUCGCAACAGAAAGAGCUGAUGGACAAAGUGUGUGUUGCCCUAGAACCAGAACAGGAGAGCGACCCCGAGGACGUUAAGCGGAAGCGCUUCGAGACCGUGCUGGAGCUCAUGCAGAAGAUGCAAGACCUAGGCCAGCCGCCCACAGAGCUGGUGGGCGACAUGGGCCCGCCCCAAGGCUUUGCCCCUCCACCCGGCGCCAUGGACGGCAGCCAGUGCUCAGUCAUGUAACGAGAGGUAAAAGUAGGGGGGGGGGGGAAGUGAAUAAAAAAAUGGGGUAAGAAUUGCGAGAAAGAUUUUUUAGUGGGUUUAAAACUUUAAAGUAAUGUUGUCGUGCGGCUAGCAGAAGCUCUAGGAUUUUUGACAAUUAAACUGGGUUAAAAGUAGGGGGGAGGAAAGGUUAUAAAAAAGAGUUUUGGGGAGUUUGAUGUAAUGUGGGAUUCGUGCGGUUAGCCUGUCUAGGUUUUUUUCGCAUAGUCGUGAUAAAAACACUAUUAACUAAAUAAAAAAAUAACUUUUUACGUACCAGAGAUUUAGGGCGAAGCAGUGGACGGCACUAGUUUUAUUUGCUGUAUGGUGGAGAUUUAUAUACAAAUUUGCGCCAUAGAGUAAAUAAUAGCCCUAAGUUUCUACUAAUGAGCCAGUAUAGUGUAUAAAAAAUAUGGGGUUAUGCCAAUGGGGAAUAAAAGUCUUCAACUAAAAUAUUUUGUCAUAAUUAUGGUCAAUCGUUCAUUAAAAAAUACCUAUGUUUGAAUGUACCUACAGUUUGUAUAAAAAGAGGAGGAUUCGUAAGUUCAAAAUGGCCAUUUUGGAAUGUCUCGAUUUGUAUGUCUUAUGUGAAAGUUGUAAAAAAUUUUGAAUGGCGAAGAAAUGCACUGUUUAGUCAAAAAACAUAAAAUAAGGGGGGUUAUAUGAUAUGUAUUGGAUAGUAUUAUUCUAUGCAUUGUUACCAUAGAUAAAAUAAAGUAAUUAUAACUAUUUUAUAUAUGGCGACAAAAAACACAUUUGACACCAUAUUAUAGUGCCUACAAAUAUUUUAAAACACAUUUAUAAAUUUACACUUUAAUUGUAAAGUUAACAUACAUCACCCUUUGUAUUGUAAACAGGGUGGAAUUUUAUCAAUAAUUCAGUCAGACCCCUUAGCAUGAAUUUUCAUCGUGAACGUGACGUGAAAUUUUGUAUGGAAAUUUUAGUUCUACUACCGACCGCCAGGGGCGCUGUUCAUAUUUUCAUACAAAGUUACUCAAUGAAUUCUACUUCACGUUCACGAUGAAAAUUCAUGCUAAGGGGUCAGAUACAAUAUUAUUAUUAUCUAUAAUGUUGAAUGCUGACCAAAAUCGCUUUGCAGGUAUUGCAAAAAACGUUCAUUUUUGCGUCGCGCUUUAGGGUCAAGCUAAUUAAAUUCAAUACUAUAAUAAUUAUACUCAAGCACCCUACUUUUUAGUACUUAUUUGGAGUUGGGUUCAUUGACCUGCCCUUGAGAAGUUGAUAAAAAUACCACCCUGUAUAUGACUAUUGUGUUCGCAUUAGCACAAUAAAAUGUAAGACUGUGCCGUUUUCAAUUAUUAUAUUGUUAAUAAUAAUAUUUAUUCUUUUUACUUUAUGUAUAAAGAUUUUUACUGAUUUUACCAUAAUAUUAUGUAUUAGGUAAGUAUUUAUGUAUUCCUUUGUUUGCACUAAAGACACCCUUGAAUGGUUUAACGUAAUUUAUUUUGUGGUUAAACAAUCAUUAUUCUCUUACAUAUUGUACUGUUGAAUGGUAAAUAAUAAUAAUUAUAAUUCUUUGCAAACCAAGACCAAACGAAGGCUUUUUUUCUCAGAAACAAUAUGACUUUCUAGAGGAUCAUUUUAUACAGGGGAGACAAAAAUCUUCUGCAAUAGGAUAUCAAGGAGACCAAAAAGAUACGUUGUGUUUGUGAAGAAAAAAAAACCCUUCAAAAUGUCUCGUAUGUUUGUUUUUAAAUAUCAAAGUGAUAAGGAUUACUUUUUAAAAUUU